AUGGCUACCAUCCAGAGAGCUGUCAUUUCGCUCCUCUUGAUCCUCUCGAUCACUUUCGUCUUCUUUGCUCAGAGCACCGAGGCUGCAAAGGGUCCAAAGAUCACUCACAAGGUCUACUUCGACGUUACCCACGGCGAUGAAGAGCUAGGCCGCAUCACCAUCGGUCUCUACGGCAAGACCGUCCCCAAGACCGCUGAGAACUUCCGUGCUCUCGCUACUGGCGAGAAGGGAUUCGGUUACGAAGGCUCUACUUUCCACCGCGUUAUCAACAACUUCAUGAUCCAGGGUGGUGACUUUACCAAAGGCGAUGGUACAGGAGGUAAAUCGAUCUAUGGAGAGAAGUUCCCCGACGAGAACUUCAAGCUCAAGCACACCCGCAAGGGUCUCCUCAGCAUGGCCAAUGCUGGCAAAGAUACCAACGGCUCUCAGUUCUUCAUCACCACCGUCAUCACCAGCUGGCUCGAUGGCCGCCACGUCGUGUUCGGAGAGGUCCUCGAGGGCUACGAGGUCGUGGAGAAGAUUGAGAACGUGAAGAAGGGUGCUGGAGACAAGCCGGUCCAGACUGUCAAGAUCGCCAAGAGCGGAGAGCUCGAGGUGCCAGAGGAAGGUAUUCACGCGGAACUCUAG